AUGCGAUUUCUACCUAUUCUGUUGGUUCUUUUGACCACUUUAUCAUCUUCAUUUGCAGUUCCUGCCGGCUCUAGCAUCACUCCUUCGCCACCACUCCAACCCGCUAGUCGUCUCCCCCAGUCCCCAGAUCCGCGCCCGUGGACCAGACUUCGCAACUGGGUUAUCGAGUCUGUCUGGGGUACUGGCCAUUCACAAUGCCAUCACAAACAUACAGGCCCUCCGCCAAAUGUCCGGGAUCGUUAUGAGACCGAUGUAGUUCUUCGUUUCCAUCUGCGUCAUCCGGAUGAGGCGGCAGCCUUGGCCUCCGCUUCGCAGGUGCUCGUCUUGGAUAUCUGGGCUAUCACGUCGGAAUUUGUGGAUAUCAGGCUCGCUGAGGAUAUGAUCCCGUCGCUUCUUGACAUGCUUCCCGUCUCACUUCGGACAGCACAUACACCUUUGAUGGACGACCUCGUCGAUAAGAUACACGCCACCUACCCGAAUCGUCCCAGUACUGGGUUCGAGCAUGAGCAUCAUGGCUUUUCCCACGGUGAUCGUGAAACAUCGGAGGUGGGCGACAUCUUCUUCCAUAACUACCAACCGUUAUCGGUCAUUGUACAAUGGAUGCGACUGAUGGCGUCAAUGUUCCCUGGUCAUACCCGCUUUACUAGUAUUGGUUUGUCGUAUGAAGGCCGUCAGAUUCCGGCGCUGCGAAUCGGUGCCGCUCCCUCGCAGUUUGGGACCUCGGAGCCUCGGAAGACUAUUGUGAUGAGCGGCGGCGUUCAUGCGCGAGAAUGGAUUGGCACAUCAACAAUUCUGUAUGUCGCCUACAAUCUAAUCACCGAGUACGGCGAGUCAAGUGCGGUCACUCGGUUACUGAACGAGUUCGACUGGGUUUUGAUCCCGACUCUCAAUCCCGAUGGAUAUGUCCACUCGUGGGAGGUUGAUCGGCUCUGGCGUAAGAACCGACAGCCGACCGGCCUGUCAGUCUGCACUGGAGUGGAUAUUGAUCGAGCGUGGGACUUUGAGUGGGAUGGUGAAUCCACCCGUUCCAAUCCGUGCUCCGAAAACUACGCCGGCGCAGAGCCCUUUGACGCAGUCGAGUCCCACCGACUGGCACACUGGGCCCUGAAUGAGACCGAAAGUGGCCGGUCGGAUAUUGUUGGUUUCCUCGACCUGCACUCGUAUUCUCAACAGAUCUUAUACCCUUACUCAUACAGCUGCGAGAAGUCUCCUCCGACCCUCGAAAGCCUCGAGGAGCUAGCCCUCGGCUUGGCAAAGGCGAUCCGACAGAUCUCACGUGAGGCAUACGAUGUGACUUCUGCCUGCGAAGGUAUCCUCAGCUCGGGAGGAGCUACUCGGAUGACCGCGGGCGGAAGUGCGCUGGACUGGUUCUACCAUACGCUGCACGCCACCUAUUCAUAUCAGAUCAAGCUGCGCGACCGCGGCAUCUAUGGCUUCCUUCUUCCUUCCGAGCACAUUGUUCCUACCGGCAAGGAGAUCUUUCACGCCGUGUUGACAUUCGGAAGGUUUGUUUGGGGAGAAGAUAUUAGGGAAACCGACUCCCCCGUUCUUACUCCAGUGGGCGACCAAAAGCCGCUGGCUGACGCCUUUAAUUUCACCUCAUGA